AUGACUUACUCAGUUCGCAGAUCAAGAAUAGCAAGCGGAUUUACCCAAGAACCAGGUAUAUGUAUUGGGAAGACAGAAGAGAGAGUAGAAGCUAUUCAUGACACAAUAUUCCAUGUUUUGGGCAGACAGAGAGUAGAAGCUGUUUGUGACACGACUGAGAGAGUAGAAGCUGUUGGUGACGAAAGUAUGUCACGUAGUGAGCAGGCUGAGAGAGUAGAAGCUGUUGGUGACAAAAUGUUAUCACCAUCAUUAGAAAUUGGUGGGGUGAAAGAUCAAGUCUUACGUCUUCAACUCAGCACGUACCGGGUAACAAAUAUAUGA